AUUUAUUCGGCUGCGUUUCUUCCGGGUCUUCUUUGGUGUCAUCGUCGGUAGCUGAAACCAGCGCGCUCGCUCCAAUGGAUUCGCUCUCCGCCGCCGCCGCCGCCGCUUCCUCGCGGCGGUUCCCUCGCUUCACCGGCGCCGGGAUCGAUGCCCGCCGCGGGAAUCCGAUCGGCGAGGUUAGGGUUGUUUGCGGCGGCAAGGAUCGCGAGGACCGUGCCGGAUCGAGGGCGUCCCGCGGCGCUUUGAGGUGCGGGUUCGGCGAUGAUGGGCACGUGCGGUAUUACGGUGGGAGGCCGAGGUUUGGUCGGGACGAGGAGGGGAGGAAGGAAGGCGGGAAGGCGGAGAUCAAGAAGGGGUUGAAGGGAUUGGCGAAGGGGGAAAAUUUUUCCGAGCUCUGUUGGAUGGAACGUCGCGGCGGCGGCGGCGGCGGCGAGGUUAUUGAAGGUCGGGAGAAGCCGAUCUCGGAAACAGCAGUGGUUUUGCUGAAACAACUUGAACAGCUGAAGGCAGAGGAGAAGGAGCUGAAGAGAAAGAUAAAAGAGCAGAAGGCCAAGCUUAAAGCGGAGCGGAAGAAAGUUACGAUGGAUUCCGAGUCGUCAUCGUCCUCCUCCUCCUCGGAAUCAAGCGACAGUGAGUGCGGAGAGGUGAUCGACAUGGGCCGCCUGAGGACAGACGUUCUCGUGAAAGAAGAGAGCAAUAAUGCCGGAACCCUCGCGUUGCCGAACGGGGUUCUGUACCGCGAGGCGACAGUUAGCGGUCCAAGCAAUGUUGCAGCCAGUGGUGCGGUGACAAAGAGGAUCGAAGUGUGCAUGGGUAAGAAGUGCAAGAACUCAGGAGGACCGGCGUUGUUGGAGGAAUUCAAGAAUGCGGUGGGUGUCGAAGGCGCUGUUGUUGAAUGCAAAUGCCUGGGCAAGUGCAGGGAUGGCCCUAAUGUGAGGGUCUCGAAUAGCUUGGGUGAGGAUCCAGCUCCUGAAGCGGAUGAUUCCGUCAGGAUUCCGGGGAAUCCUCUACUUAUCGGGGUCGGUUUGGAAGAUGUCGACGCUAUUGUGGCCAAAUACUUAGGUGAGGAUGGAGAUCUGGGGUUGAAUGCGCCGUAGUCGCUGUGCUGGAUGAUUUGCUAUAUAUGCACUGGCAUUCCAGGAACAAUUCAGUAAAUAUGUAUUCUAUUAUAAGCUAAAGAGUCUCUGUUCUAGUUGUAAGGUCUCUCACUUUGUUUCUUUACGCAUCCAUCAUGUGCUGUAGUCCCUCUGCAAUGUUUUCUUUGGAACGAUUUGUACCAGUCCUAUCUUCCUUCAUUUGACAAACAUAUACUGGUGGACAAAAAUUUAUAUGGAUUACUGAGGAAAAUAUAAUCACUCUAUCGAGAUCUGUGGUC